AUGAAGACUCCAGCCGUCGCCUGCCUUCCUCUUCUCCAUCUCUACCGUUGUCGGAUGUCGGGUUGCCGAGAAGAACCGCUGAGAUCGACGCCGCCAUUGGAAAGGAGCGGUCGAAGGGUCGUGGUUGGGUCUCAAGAUGGACAACGCCGUUACGCGGCCAUUUCACCAAGUGUGGCUGCUGCCACUUCGCUUCUACGAUAUCUGGCCACCGUUCUCACCCUUCUCCGACUUACAGCGUCGUGCCACCACCUCUGUUGA